UGUGUUUGUGUUUCCCCCUAGAAUGGCUUCACUCCUUUAUACAUGGCAGCUCAAGAGAACCACAUUGAAGUAGUGAAAUAUCUUCUUGAAAAUGGAGCCAACCAGAGCACUGCUACUGAGGACGGCUUCACUCCAUUGGCGGUUGCAUUGCAGCAAGGACACAAUCAGGCAGUAGCCAUCCUUCUAGAAAAUGACACUAAAGGGAAAGUCCGGUUGCCGGCAUUGCACAUUGCUGCCAGGAAAGAUGACACCAAAUCAGCGGCUCUUCUGCUCCAGAAUGAUCACAAUGCUGAUGUUCAAUCUAAGAUGAUGGUGAAUAGGACAACUGAGAGUGGAUUCACACCUUUGCACAUAGCAGCACACUAUGGAAAUGUGAAUGUAGCAACACUUCUACUCAACCGAGGAGCUGUUGUAGACUUCACAGCAAGGAAUGGAAUCACCCCACUGCAUGUGGCUUCCAAAAGGGGAAACACAAACAUGGUGAAGCUCUUGUUGGAUCGUGGAGGGCAGAUCGAUGCCAAAACCAGGGAUGGACUGACUCCACUCCACUGCGCUGCACGAAGUGGACACGACCAGGUUGUAGAACUACUCCUAGAACGAGGUGCUCCACUGCUUGCCAGGACCAAGAAUGGACUCUCUCCGCUUCAUAUGGCUGCCCAAGGUGACCACGUGGAGUGUGUCAAACACCUACUGCAGCACAAAGCUCCUGUCGAUGAUGUCACGCUGGAUUACUUGACUGCCCUCCAUGUUGCUGCACACUGUGGCCACUAUCGUGUCACCAAACUUCUGCUGGACAAGAGAGCAAAUCCAAAUGCUCGUGCUCUGAAUGGUUUUACUCCACUGCACAUUGCUUGCAAGAAAAAUCGCAUUAAAGUCAUGGAACUGCUGGUGAAAUACGGGGCUUCUAUCCAAGCUAUAACAGAGUCGGGCCUUACACCAAUACAUGUGGCUGCGUUUAUGGGGCAUUUGAACAUAGUUCUCCUUCUGCUGCAGAAUGGAGCCUCUCCAGAUGUCACUAACAUUCGUGGUGAGACUGCAUUACAUAUGGCUGCUCGUGCAGGACAGGUGGAAGUGGUGCGCUGCCUCCUGAGGAAUGGUGCACUAGUUGAUGCCCGAGCAAGGGAGGAACAGACUCCAUUGCAUAUUGCCUCUCGCUUGGGUAAAACAGAAAUUGUCCAGCUGCUGCUGCAACACAUGGCACACCCAGAUGCAGCAACUACUAAUGGGUAUACACCACUGCACAUCUCUGCCCGAGAAGGUCAAGUUGAUGUAGCAUCAGUUCUUUUGGAAGCAGGUGCAGCACACUCUUUGGCUACCAAGAAAGGAUUCACACCGCUGCAUGUGGCAGCUAAAUAUGGAAGCAUUGAUGUGGCGAAACUCCUGCUGCAACGCCGUGCAUCUCCUGAUUCAUCUGGAAAGAAUGGCCUCACCCCCCUCCAUGUUGCUGCUCAUUACGACAACCAGAAGGUGGCCCUACUGUUGCUGGAGAAAGGUUCUUCCCCCCAUGCUACUGCUAAGAAUGGAUAUACCCCUCUGCAUAUUGCUGCUAAGAAGAAUCAGAUGCAAAUAGCCACAACCCUGCUGAACUAUGGAGCAGAGACCAAUAUUUUGACCAAACAAGGAGUGACUCCACUUCACCUGGCCUCUCAGGAAGGUCAUGCUGACCUGGUGAACUUACUCUUGGAGAAAGGAGCUAAUAUCCAUGUGGCCACAAAGAGUGGAUUGACAUCUUUACAUUUGGCAGCUCAAGAAGAUAAAGUGAAUGUAGCAGAUAUCCUGAUAAAACAUGGGGCAAACAAAGAUGCCCAGACUAAGCUGGGUUACAGUCCAUUAAUAGUGGCUUGUCACUAUGGGAACAUCAAGAUGGUCAACUUUCUCCUGAAGCAGGGAGCUAACGUCAAUGCAAAGACAAAGAAUGGGUACACUCCUCUGCAUCAAGCUGCUCAGCAAGGUCACACGCACAUCAUCAAUGUUCUUCUCCAACAUGGGGCCAAACCAAAUGCAAUCACUGCGAAUGGCAACACUGCUUUAGCAAUUGCUAAGCGUCUGGGAUAUAUCUCAGUGGUUGAUACAUUAAAGGUUGUAACCGAGGAAGUGAUUACCACCACAACUACUGUAACUGAGAAACACAAGCUCAAUGUACCUGAAACUAUGACUGAAGUCUUGGAUGUGUCUGAUGAGGAAGCUUUUAAACACUCUGACUAUGAUCAUUUCACUGAUGAGGAUGCCUUUAGUGAUGCAGGUGACGACACUAUGACAGGAGAUGGGGGAGAAUAUCUUAGACCGGAAGAUCUGAAAGAAUUAGGCGACGAUUCCUUACCCAGCAGCCAGUUCUUAGAUGGUAUGAACUACCUGAGGUACAGCCUGGAAGGAGGCCGAUCUGACAGCACUGUGCCCAGCCUACGAUCCUUCAGUUCAGACAGGUCCCAUACUCUGAGCCACGCCUCCUAUUUGAGAGACAGCGCCAUGAUUGAUGACACGGUUGUUAUUCCCAGCCACCAGGUAUCCACAUUGGCCAAAGAAGGUGAGAGAAAUUCAUAUCGCUUAAGCUGGAGCCCUGACAACCUGGACAAUGUCACUCUCUCUGCUAGCCCUGUUCAUUCUGGCUGCCUGUCUUCAAAAAAGGAGAUUGGAUCACUGCUAACAAGCCGCUCAUCUCCAUGUUUUGACCAUGACAACAGCAGUUUCCUCGUCAGUUUUAUGGUGGAUGCUCGAGGUGGUGCUAUGCGGGGUUGCAGACACAAUGGACUUCGAAUAAUUAUUCCACCCCGGAAGUGCACUGCUCCAACACGAGUUACCUGCCGGUUGGUCAAACGUCAUAGACUGGCCACAAUGCCUCCAAUGGUGGAAGGAGAAGGUCUGGCUAGCCGUUUAAUUGAAGUUGGGCCUUCUGGUGCUCAGUUUCUUGGUAAACUUCACCUGCCUACGGCUCCUCCCCCACUUAAUGAGGGAGAAAGUUUGGUCAGCCGAAUCCUUCAGCUGGGGCCUCCAGGGACCAAAUUUCUUGGGCCUGUGAUUGUCGAGAUUCCUCACUUUGCGGCUUUACGUGGUAAAGAAAGGGAGCUGGUGAUCCUGCGCAGUGAGAAUGGAGACAACUGGAAGGAGCAUUUCUGUGAAUUUACAGAGGAUGAGCUGAAUGAAAUCCUAAACGGGAUGGAUGAAGUCCUUGACACACCAGAGGAGCUGGAGAAGAAACGUAUUUGUCGUAUCAUCACUCGGGACUUCCCACAGUACUUUGCAGUGGUGUCCCGAGUCAAACAAGACAGUAACCUCAUUGGACCCGAGGGUGGUGUGCUAAGCAGUACAGUAGUACCUCAAGUACAGGCUGUCUUUCCAGAGGGAGCACUAACCAAGCGAAUUCGUGUUGGUCUGCAGGCUCAACCUAUGCACAAUGAGCUUGUAAAGAAGAUUUUAGGCAACAAAGCCACAUUCAGCCCUAUUGUCACAUUGGAACCCAGGAGAAGAAAAUUCCAUAAGCCAAUAACAAUGACUAUUCCUGUUCCUAAAGCCUCUAGUGAUCUGAUGAUUAAUGGAUAUGGGGGUGAUGCACCCACUCUAAGACUACUAUGCAGCAUAACAGGUGGAACAACACCUGCUCAGUGGGAAGACAUCACAGGAACAACACCAUUAACUUUUGUCAAUGAAUGUGUUUCCUUCACCACAAACGUAUCUGCCAGGUUUUGGUUGAUAGACUGUCGACAGAUACAGGAAUCUGUUACGUUUGCUUCCCAAGUAUACAGAGAGAUUAUCUGUGUGCCCUACAUGGCCAAAUUUGUAGUGUUUGCCAAAUCGCAUGAUCCUAUAGAAGCCCGAUUAAGAUGUUUCUGCAUGACGGAUGAUAAAGUGGAUAAAACGCUAGAACAGCAAGAAAACUUUGCUGAAGUUGCCCGAAGCAGAGAUGUAGAGGUAUUAGAAGGAAAGCCCAUCUAUGUGGACUGCUUUGGGAAUCUAGUACCACUAACAAAGAGUGGCCAACAUCACAUAUUCAGUUUUUAUGCCUUCAAAGAAAAUAGACUUCCAUUGUUUGUCAAGGUCCGAGACACAACACAAGAACCUUGUGGGCGCUUGUCAUUUAUGAAGGAGCCUAAAUCUUCUAGAGGCCUCGUACAUCAAGCCAUCUGCAAUCUGAAUAUCACAUUGCCAAAUUACACAAAGGAAUCAGAAUCAGAUCAAGAACAGGAAGAAGAGACUGACAUGGCAUCAGAAAAACAUGAUGAUGAAACAGAAUCUACAGAAACAUCUGUCCUGAAAAGUCACCUUGUCAAUGAAGUCCCUGUCCUAGCCAGCCCAGACUUGCUAUCUGAAGUCUCUGAGAUGAAACAAGAUUUGAUUAAAAUGAGUGCCAUCUUGACCACAGACUCAGCUGAAAAGUCAGGCUCCAUUAAGGUGAAGGACCUUGUGAAAGCUGCCGAUGAAGAACCUGGAGAACCAUUUGAGAUUGUGGAAAGAGUCAAGGAGGAUUUGGAAAAAGUGAACGAAAUCCUGAGAAGUGGAAGCUGUCCAAAAGAAGGGCCAGUUCUUCAAAGAUCCAGUUCUGAGAAAGAGCUGGCGGAAGAAGAAUGGGUCCUUGUAAGCGAUGAAGAAAUAGAAGAGGCUAAGCAGAAUGCUCCACUGGAAGUUACUGAGCCUGUUUGCACAGAAACUAGAAUAGGCAAAGGGAAAACAGAGAAAGAAAAGAAAGACAUGGCGGGAAUGAUCGAUCAUCUCAGCCAAGAUCUAAAAGAUUACAUGUCACUUAAUGAAAUGCAGCCUAAGACAUUACAAGAAGACAUAGUAGAAGAGAGAUUUGAAGCUGUGGUUGUAAGCAGGGGCCCUGAAAAAGGUGGGGGAAGCCAAGAGAAGAAGCAGGUCCAGCAAAAACCUACCUUGGAAAUUAAAAAACCAGUUAGGAAGAAAUUAAAAGAUAAACAAAAGCCAAAGGAUGAAGAAACCAAAGGAAAUAAAGAACAUUCAGGACUAACAAAGUUCAGCUCAGAUGAGUCUAUAGAUGAAGAGGUAGGCUUAGCCCCUGCAGAGCCUUCCAAGGCAACAGCUGUGUCUCCUGUUAUAGAAGAAACUCCUAUUGGCUCAAUCAAAGAUAAAGUGAAAGCCCUUCAGAAGAGAGUGGAAGAUGAGCAGAAAGGACGUUCAAAAUUGCCUGUUCGCACCCCAGGAAAAGAAGGGGCAACCGAGAAGUCUGUUGGAAAGCUAUCGCAGCCUAAAAAAAUUAUUUACAAAGCGAAACCCCCAUCUUCUCCCUCUGCCUCAAAGACCCCAUCUUCCCCCUCUGCCUCAAAAACGCCAGCUUCCCCUUCUGCCUCAAAAACACCAGCUUCUCCCUCUGCCUCAAAAACUGCAGCCUCCUCCUCUGCCUCAAAGAUUCCGGCUUCCCCCUCAGCCUCAAAGACUGCAGCUUCCCCCUCUGCUUCAAAACUCUCCUCUCCCUCUACUAAGAAGCCAGCUGUUUCCCCCACAACUAAGAAGCCAGCUGUUUCUCCCACAUCUAAAAAGCCACCCAUUUCUCCCACAUCUAAGAAGCCACCUGUUUCUCCCACAACCAAGAAGCCGCCUGUUUCACCUUCUUCUAAAACAGAGAGACUUGAAGAAACAAUGUCUGUUCGUGAACUGAUGAAAGCCUUCCAGUCAGGUCAAGAUCCAUCCAAGCAUAAGGCUGGACUUUUUGAGCACAAGUCUGUGAAACAGAAACAGCAGGUCUCUGAGAAAGAGCCGGCUAAGAAAGGAGCUGCUCAGGCAGACACUGAAAAGAAGCAGGCAAUGACACAAAGAGACACACACAAAAAAGAUAGUCCGAAAGGUAAAAAGAGCCAGGAACCUCAGGCAGAGGCAGGCUUGCAAUCGAAGAAAGAGGCACAGGGUACUCUGAAGAAAGAUUUAGCCAUGCAGCAGACAAAGCUGCAGAGUAGUAAAACUGCAGAAAAAGAUGUUCCAGCAACUGAUGAUGACAAUGCAAAGGGUGUGGCCCUGACAUUUGAUGACCAAGGGGAUACUGACCUUCAAAUCAGCCCAGACAGAAAGACGUCCACAGAUUUUACUGAUGUCAUAAAGGAAGAGCUUGAGGAGAAUGAUAAAUACCAACAGUUCCGGCACAUUUCAAUUACCGAGGAAGGUGAGCUUCACUUAGAUCAAGUACUGACCAGUCCAUUCAAUGUUUCAUUUCCAUCAGAAUAUGUGAAAGAUGGUUUUUUGCCUGCUCUCUCCUUGCAAAGUGGUGCUCUGGAUGGCAGCUCAGAAAGCCUUAAACAUGAAGGCAUAGCAGAUUCUCCAGUUGGUAGCCUGCUCGAUGGGACCCCUCAGAUCAGCUCUGAGGAAAGUUAUAAGCAUGAGGGAUUGGCCGAAACUCCAGAAACAAGCCCCGAGAGCCUCUCUUUUUCACCAAAGAAAACAGAAACUGCUGAACAGAUGGAAGAAACAGAAUUAGCCAGUACAGUACAGAGAGCAGCAGAGGCACAUUCACCAAAGGGACUUUCUCCAACAAAAAGUGAAAGGACUGUUGCUGACAAAGACAUAAAAGUUAUAAUCGGCUCAGACUCCCUCUCUCCUCGUUUGUCAGAAGAAGUAGAAGUUACAACCUCCAAAGAAGAGAUAGGCAAAUGUACAGAUUCUAGCUCAACAUUGAUUGAUAAAGAUGCUGUCAGGGAUGAGUUAUCUAUGGCUACUGAGCAAGGACAUUUAACUAAGUUAUCUGAAGUGCAUGAUACUAUUUUAGAGAAAGAGGAUCAGGCAUCCUUUGAGCACCAUGCCAUUAGUAGAGGACUGGAGCUUUCACUUCCUAGCCAAGACAGUGAAGGUCUUAGCCCAGUUGCAGACGAAUCCUUAGCUAUAAGCCAUAAAGAUUCAUUAGAAGCAAGCCCAGUACUGGAAGAUAAUUCCUCCCGUAAAACACCCGAUUCCCUUGAGCCUAGUCCUACCAAAGAAUCCCCCUGCCGCGAUUCUCUUGAAAGCAGCCCCGUAGAACAGAAAACAAAGACUGGCUUCCCUCCAGGACCUGGUCCCAUGCAGGCUGCCUUUGCCAAAGCAGAAAACUUCCCAGAGCUGACACCUGUGCGAUCUAGACUUUUACGUGACCCUGAUGGCAGUGCUGAAGAUGACAGUUUAGAGCAAACCUCUCUUAUGGAAAGCUCAGGGAAAAGCCCUCUUUCACCCGAGACUCCCAGCUCCGAAGAGAUUAGCUAUGAAAUAACACCCAAGACAGCAGAUUCGCAAAUGCUCUCAAACAUACCCAAGUCAGCUGUGAUUCCUGAAGUCAGCGAAGAGCCGGAAGAUGACCCUGAAGGUGAGCCGACGAGGAGGUUCACACCAGAAGAAGAGAUGUUUAAAAUGGUGACUAAAGUCAAAAUGUUUGAUGAGCUGGAACAGGAAGCAAAGCAGAAGCGGGACUAUAGAAAGGACCCCAAACAAGAAGAUGCUGCUUCAGCUUCUGAUUUGGAAGCUGCGUUUGAACUUGAAUUUGCACCCUCAACGCCUAUAGAAGAUGAUGCCAUACCUACUGUACUCACUUCUGCAGCUGAAUCUAGAAAGACUUCUUCCUCUUCAGAAAGUGAGCCAGAAUUAACAAAGCUGAAAAAGGAGGCUGACUCUGGGCUGCUGAUGGAGCCUGUAAUUAGGGUGCAGCCUCCUUCACCUCAUCUUUGUCAUAGGGAUUCCAGUUCUAGUCCUGAAGAAACAGGGUUUCAGCCUAUUGAAUCCAAGCAGCAUGAAUUUGGUACCGAAGAGGACAACACAGAAUCAGAUAAGCCAACAGAGGAAACCAAAAUGUCUGGUGAUACCUCUCUUGCCUCAGAUACUAGCAUCAUAGCACAAGCUAGCGAGUCCAAGUGCUACAGCACUGAUGAGAGUGACACUGCUAGCCCUAAUGGCCCCAUGAUGCAGCAUGAGGAGGCAUUCUACCAUUCUGUGGGUGGUGACGCCCCCAAAAUAGCUGAGUUAUAUGAAACCUCAGCGGCGUCACACAACCAGGAUGAUUCUGAGAAAGAUGGUGGAGCAUCUGAGGAGGUAACACCCAGAGGGGGCUUCUGUAUCCCUGGCUCCUCUCAUUGCUGUACAUCCCCAAAUGAUGAAUUGGCUACUGUUGUUUCACCUGUUCACUCCCCUUUGAGAAGUGAUUUGGCUGAAACUAACAACAUUGUAGAGAUGGCACAAAGGGAUUUUUGUAGUGUAGAACACUCUGCAGACCAUUCGCCUCAAACAACCCAAAAGGGUGACCCUGAAAGGAAUGCAGAUGAUGUUGAUGAAAGCAGUGCUCUGCCUAUAACAAGCCCUUAUGAAAAUGUCCCUUCACAGCACUUUUUUACUAGCACUGAAAUUAGUUCAGGAACUGGUUUAAGAAUGACAACAGACCAGUCAUCUGGGGUUCACCAUUCUACUGAGGUAGAAACUACCUUCACUGAGGAAAUUGCAUUGACCAGUUCCCUUUGUACACCAGCACCUGUAGGUUCUGAGGUUCAGACCUCAGAAGAUAUCUAUAUGGAGUUAGAAUCCAAACAUGUGGGCAUCUUUCAGAAACAAUCAACUUCAACAUCAGAGGCCACCUCACUAGAUGAAGCUGCUCUACAAGAUAUCAGAGAUGAAGCUGAGAAAAUAAUCAACCAAGUGAUCAUAACCAGGACAGAUGUGGAUUCUGACAAGUGGAGUCAAAUACGUGAAGAUGAUGAUGCUUUUGAGGCUCGGGUGAAAGAGGAAGAACAAAGGAUAUUUGGCUUAAUGGUAGACAGGAGAUCACAAGGCACCACACCUGACACGACACCAGCCAGGACUCCUACAGAAGAAGGGACGCCUACCAGUGAACAAAACCCCUUUCUUUUCCAGGAAGGGAAAUUGUUUGAAAUGACAAGGAGUGGUGCCAUUGACAUGACCAAGAGGAAUUAUUCUGAUGAAAACUUACACUUUUUCCAAAUGGGAGAGCAGUCUCAGGAAGAUGUGUCCUUAUCUGAAGAAAUGAGAGAAGCCGAAGGCCUGGAAUCUCUCCAGCAGGAGCAACCCCCAGUUCCAUUUGCGUCUUCUGAACUAGAUGAAGCAGAGAUGCCUAUAAAAGGCUCACUCACGUCUGCAUCAGAGGAUGAGGCCAGUGGUUUCUACACCACAAAAGGGGAUAUUAAAUCUAGAAUCCCUAUUAAAAUGGGCAUUUCAGCCUCUUCAAAGUCACCAAAGAAAGAAACUGCUCCUUCUGAUGAUGAUGACUUCUUCCCUAGAGCUGAUACUGAAGACAUGUUUGACAGCUCCCAGGUGCCUUGCCCUGUCUCUCCCGAGCAGACUGUGAUUGAUGUACAGUUAGAUUUUUCAACAGUCACUAGGUCGGUGUAUGCUGAGCAGGAAGACGAUUCCCCAGACUCCUCACCAGAGGAGCAGAAAUCUGUGAUUGAAAUCCCUACUGCCAUCAUGGAAAGUGUGCCUUCUGAAAGCAAAUCCAAAAUUCCCAUUAGGACAACUCCCGCUGCAUCCCACUCAUUGCAACAAUCAGAGCUAGAGAGCCUUCCUUCAGAUAGCUUUGUUGAGGCCCUAGAGGAAUCGGAGGAUGACCCGUCCAAACCAAAGUCUAAGAUUCCAGUCAAAGCAGUUUUCCAAAGAGUUGAACAAGAGUGUUUGUAUACAGAGACGUCUGUCUGGAAGCCAGAGUCAGCUAAAGCUCUUGACAAAACAUGCAAGCUACCUGCGAAACAAGACGUUAGGAGCAAAUCUGAAUCUGAUGAAAGUGCCUCCGUGGACUCAAAGGCUAAGCGUUCAGUCAAAGCUAGAAGCUAUGCUGAGGCCGAAGCAGAGACCAGAGAGAGGGUGGGUGAGAUGAAGCUUGAGGUAGAAUCAGACGAGCAGACGACUUCACGACCAAAGAUAUUUCCUUCGCGGUUGCCCGUUAAGAACAGAAGCGCCUCAGCUUCCCGCAGUGCUGUUAGUCCCACUAAAGAAAGUAAGGAACAUUUUUUUGACCUUUACAAAAACUCCAUAGAGUUCUUUGAAGAGAUUAGCGAUGAAGCUUCCAAAUUAGUGGAUAGACUUACUCAGUCAGAGAAAGAACAAGAAUUAGUUUCAGAUGAUGAAAGUAGUAGCGCCCUAGAAGUUUCAGUUAUUGAAAAUGUGCCAUCCAUUGAGACCCAGCAGUCAGUUGCCGAGGACAUCUUUGACACCAGGCCCAUUUGGGAUGAGUCUAUUGAGACUCUGAUUGAGCGUAUUCCUGAUGAAAAUGUCCCUGACCAUGUUGAAGAUCAACAGGAUGAUCAAGAAAGGAUAGAGGAAAGACUGGCACAUAUCGCUGAUCACCUUGGAUUCAGCUGGACAGAGCUAGCAAGAGAACUGGAUUUCACAGAGGAACAAAUUCAUCAGAUCCGAAUUGAGAAUCCUAAUUCACUGCAGGACCAGAGUCACGCACUGCUGAAAUAUUGGCUGGAACGUGAUGGGAAACAUGCUACUGAUUCAAGCCUUACUGAGUGUCUUACAAAAAUAAAUCGUAUGGAUAUUGUUCAUCUCAUGGAGAACACCAUGGAAAGAUCCCGAGACCAUAAUCGCACCUAUGCAGAAAUUGAACAGACAAUAGGACUGGAUCAUAGUGAAGGUUUUUCUGCACUCCGUGAAGAUCUGUACAGCACAAGAGAUAAGAAGGAAGAAGAGCAUUCUUUUUCUAAAGACAGUGAGCCAUCAGAUCACCCUCCCCUUGUCUCUGAGGAAGACAUUUCUGUGAGUUACUCACCCUUGCAUGACGGCACACCUAGAGGUGAGGCGGAACUAUCCAUUACAGAACUCCUACGACAAGCACACAAGGAGCGAGUGGAAGCUGAAUUCUCAGGGAAAUCUCAUGCGCCUCCAGAAGAUUCAUCUACCACACAAGAAUACUUUGUCACAACUUCUGGAGCAACACAGGCACCAAAAGGAGAAAAAGCAACAAGCAUUCCCAGUGAAAAGUCUGAGGGCUCUACUGCAGGCUCUGAGGAUCUUGAAAGGCCAUACCUUCAUACCCCAACAUCUAGUGAACGAACAGAUUCACCCAUUGUGCAAGAACCUGAAGACCACCAAGAAGAUCUUUAUCCAAGGAAAAAUAGUCUGGUGAUUGUGGAAACAAUUGAUGAACACCCAGAAGAGUCAGAAAGAUAUGAAGAAGAGUUGCUGGAAAAGUCUGAUGAUAUGCCCGAAAUGCCACCAGAAGCUGUAACAGAGGAGCAGUACACAGAUGAACAUGGCCAUAUUGUGGUGAAGAAGGUCACUAGAAAAAUCAUCAGGCGAUUCACUUUACCAGAUGGCACAGAAAAGGAAGAAGUUGUGAUGCAAGGAGAACCUCAGGAGCCUGUUAAGGUGGAAGAGGGAGAUGGAUAUUCCAAAGUCAUAAAGCGAGUUGUGCUGAAGAGUGACAGCGAGCAAUCAGAGGUGACCUUUUCUGAGCCAAGUGUACAGAGUGCCUCAGAAUUUCAGUCUGAACCAGUGGAAGGCCGCAAGGUCAGCAAAGUUGUGAAGACUACGGUUGUACAUGGGGAGCGAAUGGAGAAGCACCAUGGAGAUGCUAGCUUAGCAACUGAUCUUCCCUCAGCCAAAGAUGACUUUGAAGAGGACAACAAUGAGUAAAGCCAGUACCCAGAAGAGGACUGUGGUUAAGGACCAGUAUGGAAACCGUAUUCAUGUGGAACUGCUGGAGGACACACCAGAAGCACUACCCCGGGAUGACCUUCAGCAUGACCUCCAGCAACUACUGAGACAUUUCUGCAAAGAUGAGUGGAAGAAAGAGGCCAAAUGAGAUGCUGCUAAAAUCUCACCCACAGACCAACACACAUAUCCAUUCAAUAUCCAGAAUUCACUUUCUUCUUUUGCUGUAGAUAACAUAACAUAAUCACUAGAGGACACUAACAUUUCAACUUGGCAUAUAGUGUAGGGUUGUUUUUCUUUUCUUUCUUUUUUCUUUUCAAAUAUCUGUAAGCUAAUUUGUGACCAAAGAUAGCAUCCUUCAUUUGGGAUGGUUUGUCUACUAAAAGUCAUUGACUUUGUGCUAUACUGGAAACUUGUCAAGAUUGCCAUCUUUGUUGUUCCUUUGCUUCUGCAUCCGAUCCAUACAAACAUAGCUUCUUCCACAGGCCUCUUCAAAUCACAAUGUAUGUGCAUUUUUUUUAAAAAAAGGGAUGCUAACAUUAACCUGUAAAUAGCUAAAGUGCUUGGACUCACAAGACUGAAAGAAAGAAACACUGCCUUUUGUGACUACUUUUAGGAUCGAGAACUACACGGUCUGUUGAAACUGUUGAAGAGCGAUUAAUUACUCUUCCGUUGAAUAUACAACAUGGAUCUACUGAGAAGGAAGCAUGUCAGCCUCCCAUGUUUAUAGGACUUCCAGUUUGUUGAUCUCCUUGACUUGAAAGUUUCUGAGAGUCAGGCCGCAACCUCAAACUCCAGCUGUUGCCAGCUGAAUGCAGCCACCCCUGCUUUAUGACUCCUGGGAAGCCAUCUAAAGAAAUAAAUACCCAGUUAGGUAUAACUUGCUAGCAGCUAUAUCUGUGGCACAUUUGCAUACUGUAUUCAAAUCUUUUAGACUGGAACAAGAGGCAAGGUGCAUUACAAACAAACAAACAAAAAGCUCUAACUCCUGUAAUUUCCUGUUUUCAUCACUGCUUUAGCAAACCACGCUGUCUUAUUGGUGGUUAUUCCUGCUGGCCACUGCACUGUAGAUAACUUGAUAAGGGAAAAGAAACCCUUUCCCACUCUUAAGAAAGGUUACUCUAAAUUUAUCACAUUCUAUCAAGACUCUCUCUUAACCUGGUUUAUGCAUGUGGCAUUGGGAAACACAAUCUCAACCCUCUUGUAACCAUGUCAACAGAUUAUCUCUCUCAGCACUGAGUGAGCCGAGCUUAACCUUCCAUUUGAGAUUCUUCUUCAGAGAUUUGCUUAUGGAGGGAUAUGAAUCCAUUGGGCAUUUGUUUUUUUGUCGUUGUUUAUUUAUAUUCCUUAACCAACUUUCAGGAAUCAUCAUGUAAAUGUCUGCACUUUGAUUUUUCCAAGAAGGGCAUAUGCGACUCUGGAAUUAUUCUGUGGUCUGUACCUAAUUCUAAUAGUGGUCUGGAGCUCUGUUGCAUUUUAACAUAUAUAUGUAAUUAUAUAUAUUAUAUAUAUACAUAUAAAAUGAUAUACAUUUUGAAUCAGUUAUUUGAUAAAGACAAAGUAUAUUCAACAAGGAUGAGUCAAGUCCUCCAGGGUUGAUAUUUUUCAAAACCUAGCCAGAUUUUCCUUCUUGUAAAAAAUAAUAAUAAUAAUAAUUGAUUCAGUGCUCAGAAUACCGAAAAUAAAUGUUACAAAUGGCACCUCCUCAUUUAACUAACCAUGUGGAGAGAAAGGAAAUGUUUUAGGGUGUUUGGCCACCUGCUAAGAAAGCUACCCAAAGUGCCAUUCUAACAUUUUUCUUUUUGGUUGGCAAGCACUUCUGACUGCCAAAAUGGAAGGAGACCCAUUUCAGGACACACAAUAGCUCAUUUCUCAUUGUCAAGAACAUCAUUGGUUGACCUUCAAGACUGGGGCUCUAAAAGAAACGCAUUUCUGUUGUGUACUUUGCGGUGCAGAUGAUGUUCUGUGUAACAGCAUAAUGGCUAUCCUCCUUUAUCGGUUUUGAUUUUUUGCUGUGUUAUCAGAGAACUUGAAUACUGUGAGAAGAAGUGAUUUUAAGUUGAUGAGUCAGCAUCUUGUUCCCAUGGUGAUAACACUAACUGAAUAUAUCUAUGAGGGCAUGUAUUAGUUAAAAAGAUUUUAAAAAAGACAAAACAAAACAACAACACUAACAAUACAUAGCUGCAACGUGUACAAUGGCUGAUUUAAUUAAAUAAAAAUGUACAAGUGUUAAAUGUA